ACUUCUAUUCCAUUGUCCAAAUUCAAACCAUCCAUUUUUGAUUUUCCUAGCCUUACAUAAAUAGUUAAUUCCCAAGUAAAAUUCCACGCCGGCUUCAAAUAAUUGGCCAAAUCUCUGCUCCCACAAACUCGGCAUUAGUCACCCAAUUUUCACUCCCCGCAAAAAUGUCCGCAUCAAUUGGCGAUCGUAAAUUCCGGCGGAGCCCAAAAUCCCCACUCCUCCCCCACAAACAACACCACCAACACCACUACCACAAACACCACCACACCAUCGAACACUCCGAAGGUUUCGGUGGCGCGUCAUUCUCCGGCGCCGUCUUCAACCUAUCCACCACCAUUGUUGGUGCCGGAAUCAUGGCUCUUCCCGCCACCUUCAAACAACUCGGUCUUAUCCCCGGCGUUAUUCUUAUCAUAUUCGCCGCUUUCUUAACUCAAUCCUCAAUUGAUAUGAUCUUGCGUUUCAGUAAGGCUUCUAAAUCCAUUUCUUAUUCUUCCGUCGCUGCUGAUGCUUUCGGUGUUUUCGGACGCACCGUCUCCCAAUUUUGCAUCAUUGUCAACAAUCUCGGCAUGCUUGUCGUUUACAUGAUCAUCAUUGGAGAUGUGCUGGCGGGAACGUGGUCGAAUGGAUUACAUCAUAGAGGAUUGAUGGAAGAAUGGUUUGGACAGCAUUGGUGCUGGACCUCACGCUCAACUUUGCUUCUUCUUACCACUUUUUUUGUCAUUGCACCUCUUAUUUCUUUUAAGCGUGUUGAUUCACUGAGGUAUACAUCAGCGUUGUCAGUGGGUUUGGCUAUUGUAUUUGUCGCAAUUACGGCAGGAGUAGCUAUCGUAAAGUUGUUGGAGGGAACCAUAAAAGUACCUUCAUUGUUUCCAGAAGUGGUGGACCAAGCAUCAUUCUGGAAGCUCUUUACAACAAUUCCAAUUCUAGUUACUGCAUAUAUUUGCCACCACAAUGUUCAUCCCAUUGAGAACGAGCUUACAGACCCUUCCCAGAUGAAGUCAAUUGUUAAGACAUCACUCAUACUGUGCUCCUCCGUCUAUGUUGCCACAAGCUUUUUUGGAUUUCUAUUGUUUGGGGAACAGACUCUGGAUGAUGUACUUGCCAAUUUUGAUGGAGACCUUGGGGUUCCAUAUAGCUCACUGCUAGAUGAUGUUAUUAGAGUGAGUUAUGGUGUCCACUUGAUGCUUGUGUUCCCCAUUGUUUUCUACUCUCUUCGGCUGAACGUGGAUGGACUGCUUUUUCCAUAUGCCAUACCCAUAACAUAUGAUAAUAAGAGAUUCUACUCAUUAACUGUGUGCCUUAUGGGCUUUAUAUUUCUGGGAGCCAACUUUGUGCCUAGCAUCUGGGAUGCAUUCCAGUUCACAGGUGCUACCGCAACUAUAGCUGUUGGAUACAUUUUCCCAGCUGCAAUUGCCCUCAGAGACAACCACGGCAUUGCAACAAGAAAAGAUAGAUUAGUAUCUUGGAUAAUGAUUCCGUUAGCAGUGACAUCAAGUACUGUGGCCAUUCUGAGUGACAUUUACAGCUUUUUUGUUGCCAAGGAUGGUCAAGAAAUUUGAGCCCUGUGGAGCUCUCUGAUCUAGGUAUACAACACUCCACAGUUUUGCACUGUCUGUUGACUGAUCCUCGGAACCUCAUGAUUUCGGAUUUCACUAUAGAAAUCGAUCUUUGGGGGGGGUUAACUUAACGUAAACAUCAGCAUUGGUUGCUGGUGCCUCAUACAAGAGGAGGAAGAGGAGGAUGUCAGGGCAAAUUCUGGCUAACUUGUUUCUGAAGGACUGUAUGUUGGUUGCUGGUGCCUCAUACAAGAGUUUAUAUGGAGUAUGCCAAUCUAUUUGCUUGUGGGUUGGUUUGAUAAAUCACGCCCUCCUCUGUCCCUAAAUGAUUGGGCCACACACAUCUUACCUUUUUUUUUGUUUGUGAUGAAAGACAUUAAACUUUAACCUUUAUUUUUUAUAAAUCUAUUUUGGUAUAACUUUAAAUAGUAUAAUUUUACCUGAAAACUUUAAAAAUUAAAUUCUUAUUACACUCCUAUUACUUAUAUUUUACAAAAAUAUUUGGUGUUAUUGUUAUACUUAUAGUUUUACUACAAUAUCUUUGAUUUAUUACAGUAUUACCUUUAAUCUGUAACCAUUGUGUGUACAGAUAGAUUAUUUGCUAAACUUUAUAAAGCAAUUUACUGUAAAGAAGUUAAUAUUAGCUACUCAUUUUCAGCAACAGAUUUGAAACUUAGGGUGUUUUUCAGCUACCACUGGAAGUAUAUAACACAAUAGAGGUAUAUGUUUAUUAGUGCAUGCGAGACUGCGAGUAUCAAAAGAUGAAGGUGCUCCUUUUUGUGGAGGUCCUUGAAUCAAUUUUGUUAUGGUUUGAACUUGUCUAUAUUUGUCAGUUGUCUUUCAUUGACAAUUAGAGAGACAGUUUUGUUAAAGGGUGUUUUUCAGCUACUAUUUCCUCCCCCCACCCCUCUUUUUUCCUCAUUUUGAUUAUGUAUGUAAAGGAUUGGUGCUAUUUAUACCACGUUUGGUGGGAAGAAACAUGUUUUAAUAGAAAA